UUUUGAAUUCUUCCCGUCUAAAUUUAACCAGUGCGGGAGUCUGCAAACAGCAGGGCUAGCAAAUCUCAAUUGCCCACAUCAAAGAUUUUUUUCUAUUUUUAUUUAAAAGUGGAUGAAAACAAGAUAGUCUGCAAUGCCAGCUCAGCAUAAUAGAUCAAGGGCCAAGGACAGAAACAAUGUUUUAAACAGACCUGAGUUUAUGUCUCUCAAUCAACCCAUGAGGAGCAUUCAUGAGGGGAGAAGUUCAGCGAGGAAGUACAGCGGACAGGCAGGGCAGCCGCAGCAGGCUCCAGGCGACAGCAAGGAGUCCGCCCAGCUACCAGAGGAGGACUGCAUGCAGCUCAACCCUUCCUUCAAAGGAAUUGCUAUUAACUCUUUGUUGGCUAUUGAUAUCUGCUUAUCCAAAAGGAUGGGGGUCUGUGCCAGAAGCUCCUCGACCUGGAGCAGCGCCAGGCCUAUAGUCAAGCUGAUUGGAAUCACAGGUCAUGGCAUCCCCUGGAUUGGUGGCACAGUCUUCUGCCUGACCAAAAGUAACACCCCAGCAGGCCAGGAGGUCCUUCUAAAUCUUCUAAUGGCCUUGAUCCUUGAUAUGCUGCUGGGGGCAGGAGUGCAGAAGCUAGUGAAGAGAAAAGGGCCUUCCGAGGUGACUCGGGGGAUUUUGGAUUACGUCGUCAUGGAUGUGUUUGCUUUCCCAGCUGCUCAAGCCAGCAGAGCAGCAAUGGUGACGAGAUUCUUCCUCAACCACCUGGUCCUAGCGGUGCCCUUGCGAAUCCUACUGGUUAUCUGGGCCGGUGUCAUUGGCCUCUCCCGUGUGAUGAUUGGGCGACACCAUCUGACUGAUGUCCUCUGUGGAUUUCUCAUUGGCUAUUUACAGUUCAAUUUUGUGGAGUUGCUAUGGCUACCAUCUGGUACCUGCCAAUUACUGGCAUCAGCGAUUCCAAUAUGACAAACAUUGGAGCUGCAAGGAUGAAGCAGAUAUGAGACGGGUAUGGGGCGGUGGAAGUGGGAUGCAGGGUGGGAAGGACACAGGCACCCCCAUUGAUGAAAUGGUGGAACUAGAAUGUGCCUCAUAUAGCCCGUCAUAAAUGCAUUUUUGGAAAAGUGAAAGACAUUUUUGCCUUUUAGAUUCUUUAGAAGAUAGAACUUUUGAAAAUUGCAUUUGAAAUUUCAAAAGAUUUGC